AUGGCUUCAGGUUUUUGUGACAACUGCUCGAAGUUGCUGAGGGAAUUUGCUGAUAAUUUGCUGAGAGUUUGGAGAGAGCUGGAGCUCAAAAUAAAGGAAGUUUUCAGAGAGGUCGGACAGUGCAACUGCUUUAGGAUUCCACCUGAGGGGAAGACGGCUUUUGAUUUGCCUUCCUUACACUUCAUCUGUGACAAUGAAACUCAGCUUCUCAGCCAGGAAAGUCUACAAACACUGAAUAAACUGGCCUCAGAAAACACUGAUCUGCAAAUGACUGCAGCCAUGUAUUACCUACACCUCAGUCAUCAUUUGAAAUUUCCUUUACCAGAUGACUUCAUGGAGCCCAUCAUGGCUCUGCUCUUAUCAUCUGACCUUGAUGUUCAAAAGACUAUCUCUCUCUCCCUUGUUAAUCUGUUACUAAAGAAUAACGUGUGUAAAGAAUUGGUGAUUGAAAUGGGGAUGCUGGUGCCCAUACUUGAGCUGUUCCAGUCAGGUGAUCCCACUGCUCAGUGUCACUCCUGUGCCUGUGUUGCUAUGUUGGCCUCCUCAGAAUCAAAUCGAGAGGCUCUGAUGGUGGAUGGAAUCAUACCACUGCUGGCUUUAGCGAAAUCUUUUGAUCCAAAGGUUCAACGGAAUGCAACUUGGGCUAUUUUACACCUCACACGGUCAGAUUGGUCAACAAGAAUGUUAUGCCAAGCGGGAGCGAUUCCUGUUUUGCUUCUUCUCCUUCAGUCCUCAGAUUCAGAGGUUCAGUUUUACAGCUGCACUGCUCUGUGCAACAUUGCUGCUAUGCAAGAGCAUCACCCAAGGUUGCUCAGAAUUGAGGGUCACUAUUUAUCAAGGUGCCUUUUGACUCUCAUGUCUUCACCUGUGAAAAAGAAUUCAGCCCAAGCAUGCCGGUGCCUACAGACUCUUUCAAAGAAUGUUCUCAUCCAGGACCAGCUGAUGGAGCUUGACUGUGUGCUGCCUCUGAAAGCACUGUUGAAAACUUCUACAUCAUUGUGGAUUGAAUCAGCCCUAACACUACUGUCUACACUGUCUGCACACCCAUCAAACACUGAAAUCCUGAUAAGUGAAGGACUGUUGGAAGAAAUUGGUCAGCUGCUUCAUCAUCCCAGAUCAAACUCUGUUAUAGUCACACACAGCUGCAAGAUAAUCACUGAUCUAUGCAGUUCCCACGUGGGUGCGCAGGCUGUGAUGGAAAGUCUGUGCUUAUCAGGACUCGUCUGUGCACUUCUGUCUCACGCCCUGUCAGAUGAGACUCUGCUUCAUGUGACAUCAUGCUUACAUCGCCUGAUGGCCUGGGAUCUACUCAGGGCAAAGUUGUCAGCGACCGUAACAUCAGGAGAAGUUUCAGGCUUGGUGAAGCUGUCAGAACAAAUCACAAAUUCCCAGUUGUCGUACAACUCUGCGGCUAUCAUAAGCAAAUUAGAAAUGACAGAGGAGGUCAUCCGUUUGUUGAAGCCACACUACACUGCCAUGUCCAAUUACCUGUUGAGAUUUCUCAAACAAGAUGUGAAAUUCCAACAACUUGGCAUAGCUACCAUAUUAAACCUCCAGAAAGAUGGAGACUUUUCAUCUCUGUUGGCUAACAGUGAGCUGGACGUUCAGCUGUGGAAGGUACAUGAGCAGACAGAGGAAACCAGACAGCUGCUUCAAAUGAUUCAGCCCCUUUCUCCAUCUCCUGUUAACUCUUGAUUUUUUUUUAGUACAAUUACACAGGAAUGCACACAAUAUUGCCUUUGCAAGGCUGUUACAUUUAUGCACUCUAAAAGCUGCAUUUUUAUAUU